AUGGUGGUCUCUGCGAUCCCUGCGCAAUAUUUCAGGGCAAAGCGCGGCAUUGCUAACGGGAUGGUUUACGCCGGAGGUGGCCUCGGGGGUACCGUCAUUAGUUUUAUCAUGAACGCCUUGCUUGGUAAGGUGGGAAUCGCGUGGACCUUCCGGAUCAUUGGUUUCAUGAUCUGGGGGACGGGCCUGCCAGCAGCGUGCUUCAUUAAAGAACGGGUGCCAAUCCAGCGUACGCAAUUUGUGGAGUGGCGACUCUUCCGCGACAUUCGAUUUGCUUUGCUGUUUGCAGCCGGCGCGAUUGCUACUUUCCCGCUUUUCGUCCCCCCGUUUUUUCUUCCGCUAUACACAGAAUCGAUGGGAAUGAACUCGGGAGUCGGUGCAGGAGUGGUGGCUGCAUUCAACUUCUCCUCUGCGGUGGGAAGGCUAAUGUGCGGCUUCUGUAGUGACAGACUGGGACCGCUGAACACCCUGUUCAUGUCUCUUUUGCUCAGUGCCCUCAGCAUGCUGAUUCUUUGGCCCGUUUCGACGUCCAUUGGCCCGUUGAUUGUCUUCGUGAUUAUUAACGGAAUGGGCAAUGGUGGCUUCUUUUCAACCAUGCCUACAGUCGUCGGAAAUGUGUUUGGUUCAGCUCGAGUAUCCGUCGCAAUGGGCAUGAUAGUGACCAGCUGGGCUGGAGGUUAUUUGAUGGGCGCUCCAAUUGCUGGUUAUAUUUUAAACGCAUCUGGCGGAGAGGACAGCGGUAUUAGUGCCUAUCGUCCUGCUAUAUUUUAUGCGGGUGGCAUGGCUCUGGGCGCAUCUGUGUUGGCGAUGUUUAUACGCCUCAAAACUGAUGCACAGCCGUUCAAGAAGCUCUGA